UUGGUUUAUUUUCAUGCAUGAGAAGGCAGAUUUCCUACGAGGAGGCAGAAGAAGAAUAUUGACAAAAACAAGAGUUCAACAAUCCCUAAUCGUGACCAGUAGAUGGUAGCAGCUCAUCUUCUCCAUGUAAAAACAUGUAGGAGGAGUCUCAAAUGACCUUACACACCUAAAGCCUGUUCAUCACUCCAAAGUGAAGGGUUAACAAGCCAAAAACAACCUACUUAAGAUUCAUAAACUUGUUAGACAGGAUUGCCCACCGGCAGUCUAACAAGUCUGUGCUUCUUGUAGGCUACAACUCUCCAGUGAUCCCCAGACUUGCUUCCUCUAACACACAAAGAUAGGAGAUGGGGUCAGAGAUCAGAGCGGGGCCGAUGCGUGUCCUGGUGACCGGUGGAUCUGGGCUGGUGGGUAAAGCCAUUGAGCAUGUGGUGCAGCGGGAAGGUAGGAAACUGGAGGGAGAAGAGUGGUUCUUCCUCUCUUCUAAGGAUGCUGAUCUUGUAGAUGUCGGGCAGACCAGGGCUGUGUUCGAGAAGUAUCGUCCCACUCAUGUCGUCCACCUGGCUGCAAAAGUCGGAGGACUCUACCUGCACAUGAGGGAGAACCUGCACUUUUUGAGGGACAACAUCAAAAUCAACGACAACGUACUGCAAACAGCCCACGAGAUGGGCGUCACCAAGGUCGUGUCUUGCCUGUCCAGUUGUAUCUUCCCCGACAAAACCACAUACCCCAUCGAUGAGACCAUGAUACACAACGGACCGCCUCACGACUCCAAUUUUGGAUACUCGCACGCCAAACGGAUGAUUGAUGUUCAGAACAGGGCAUACUUUCAGCAGUACGCUCAUCGUUACACAGCCGUCAUCCCGACCAACGUGUUUGGUCCCUACGACAACUUCAGCAUCGAAAAUGGUCACGUGCUUUCGGCACUCGUCAACAAGACGUACACGGCCAAAAGGGAAGGAACUCCUGUGAACGUUUGUGGCUCUGGAGCUCCUAGAAGACAGUUCAUCUACUCUCUGGAUUUGGGUCGUCUAAUCGUUUGGGUCCUGAGAGAAUAUGAAGAAAUUGAGCCCAUCAUCCUCUCUGUGGGUGAAGAGGAUGAAAUCUCAAUCAAAGAGGCCGUGGAUAUGAUCGCAAAGGCUCUGGACUUCAAGGGCAACAUACACUUUGACACCACCCUGUCUGACGGCCAGAUGAAGAAGACAGCCAGCAACGCCAAGCUAAGACGCUACCUACCCGACUUCACCUUCACACCUCUUGAAGAAGCUAUAAAGAUGACCUGCGACUGGUUCGUGGCCAACCCCGACAUCGCCCGGACAUAAAGUGACCGAACGCUGGAGCUGAUAAAUAACACUGUUCUUUGCUUCUGGUGUCAAGCAAGUUGUUAUCACUGUGCAAUAUUUGAUUUACAUUAAACAACGCUGAACAGAU